GUUGGCCGAGUAGCGUUCACGUUCUUUCAAAGCGGCAGGGACUUGGCGAAUGAACGGAAAUUACUGCAUUUUACUCCUGGUGGCAACGCAAAGCUACCAGAUCAGUGUUUAAAAUACAUCAUAACGGAUGUUAUUAAGCCCAGAGCCUAACGUGGCAGUUCCGGCUCUAAUUCUAGCAGUAGAACUGAAAGGGGACGUCUUCUUCAGGGAAGUAUCAGUCUUGUUUACUGUAACCCAAAGGAACUACUGAAAUUCUCUACUGUAUUUCUCAGCACCAGAAAAACAUUUGUAUUCAUUACAUAUUAUUUCACAUACGAUACCAACUCUGAAAAAUAGUUGCUAGGUUUCGUGGUUCCAAGUAACCCUUCGUAGGGUAAGUUAGUCUUCAAGGGAAGGUUAAAUAUUUAAAGAUUGGGGAAAAGCUGUUAAGUAAAAAAGCAUUUACCUAAGUAAAAGGCAAUUUACCUAAACAGUAGUUUAGAAACAGUUUUGGCGUCGGUGCUUAGCUUGUAGCUUCAUGCAUUUAACAGUUAGAAUCGGCACUAGGUUCUACGGUAGUUUUAUCUACUUAACAUUUAGAACUAGUACUGAGUUCUGAAGGCAUUCCAUAUUGCGUGAUAAGAGAUCGUACAUAGCGGUGAAAUUGAUUUCCUCGUAACUAUUUUCUGCGCUGGCCACACGCGACAGUCUUUUGUACACGCAAUUUUGAAUAUUAGUGACGUAUCCGUUAGUUUCCCACAUCAAACACGCUUCUUUUAAAUCCAAAUAAUCUUUCAUCAAACGAACACAGAAAACCUGUCGGCUGUGACUGUUCGGCGCAUGCUGGGUCAGUAAAAGCAACCGUGAGGACGGCGUGGUCGAUGUUCGGGCCGACGGACCCUGGGCUUCAUCCCCGCGGCCCCGCGGUCAGCUUGAAGGAGGAGUCUCUUUGUGCCGCACAGGUCGGGGCAAUGCGGAGCGGUUGGAUUCAACCGACUGUCAUCGACCAUGGAACCGGCAGUGUUGGUUUAGGACGUGCUCAUCUGGAGAAGCAGCCUCCGUCCAAUCUGCGGAAAAGUAACUUCUUUCACUUCGUGGUGGCGCUAUACGAUAAAACGGGACAACCUGUGGAAGUGGAAAGGACUGCUUUCGUUGGCUUUAUAGAAAAGGACCAAGAGCCAGACGGUCAAAAAUUAAGCAAUGGAGUUCACUAUAGACUUCAAUUACUCUAUUCCAGCGGUAUUCGUCAGGAACAAGAUAUUUACGUUCGGCUUAUUGAUUCCGCCACGAAACAGCCUAUUGCAUAUGAAGGACAAGAUAAGAAUCCAGAGAUGAGAAGAGUGCUCCUUACUCAUGAAGUCAUGUGUAGCCGUUGUUGUGAUAAGAAGAGCUGUGGAAAUCGAAAUGAAACUCCUUCAGAUCCAGUGAUCAUCGAUAGGUUUUUUCUCAAAAUUUUCCUAAAGUGUAACCAGAACUGCCUGAAAAAUGCUGGGAAUCCUAGAGACAUGAGACGUUUUCAGGUAGUGAUAUCGACGCAAGUAUCGGUUGAUGGCCCCCUACUGGCGGUAUCUGACAACAUGUUUGUGCACAACAACUCCAAGCAUGGCAGAAGAGCGAAAAGACUUAAUCCCGCCGAAGUUCCAUUUGCUGUUACUCCGUGUAUUAAAGCCAUCAGUCCGAGUGAAGGAUGGACGACAGGGGGCAGCACCGUAAUUAUCAUCGGUGAGAACUUCUUUGAUGGUCUUCAAGUGGUAUUUGGUACCAUGCUCGUGUGGAGUGAGCUAAUAACUCCACACGCUAUUAGAGUUCAAACUCCGCCUCGCCAUAUUCCUGGUGUUGUGGAAGUAACGUUGUCUUACAAGUCGAAACAGUUCUGUAAAGGUACACCAGGGAGAUUUGUUUAUGUCUCUACCAACGAGCCCUCAAUUGACUACGGUUUUCAAAGGCUUUCUAAAUUAAUCCCCAGACAUCCAGGUGAUCCCGAAAGGCUUCCAAAGGAGAUAGUUCUAAAACGGGCGGCUGACUUGGCCGAAGUGUUAUACAGUAUGCCUCGGAAUAAUCAACUUGCUCUCCCAGCUCCAAGAUCCCCGUCUUUGAACAGCGCCACCGCAAUGUCCAGUUUCAAUGCUUAUACGGGUCAGUUGGCGGUUAAUGUCCAGGACAAUGGGACGGAUUACGGCCGGACUCAAGCCAAUAUGCUCUCUCCCAGGGGUUACGGAACCCACCCCUCCACAGCACACAACAAUAACGGGAGCUCUUACGGUGCUGGCACGAUGAAUGGAAGUUACGGAAAUCCAGGGAAUCUUGGAAACAUGGCGGUGGCAACUUCUCCUUGUCUUCUCAAUGGGACCUCAAGAGUUGGAAGUAUAGCCCCUUUUGCAACAAUGAACCCUUUCGCUCUCCCAGCCUGCAAUGGACAGUCCUACGGAGGGUCAAUUGUAUCAUCUACCAAAUGACCUACGUGGGUGUGACGUCAACCAUUUUUAACAAGUGGAGCUUCUUCUGCAAAGACACUGGCAAAAAGAUUAUCAUGCUAUAUAACGAAAUGCCAUUGGCCCACCUUUUGUUGACGUCAUCAUAGUUGAAUCUCUUUAAUAGACAGGAGUUGUGAAGUGACUGUUUAUAACAUGUAACUUAAAAGUAAUUGCGGCUACUAACUCGAUUAUUUGUGAACCUGCAAAAGCUCUAUGCUAAUUUUUAACCUGGUAGAAUUCUGCGCCAAAAUGAAAAACAAAAAGUAUGGCGCUGCUGUCACAUUGUCUUGUAAUUAUGAUAAACCAGAAUCAGGACAUUUCAAAAUAUUGGCAUGUGUAUUGAAUAUUGAAGAUACGAGUGGUUUUGUAUAUACAUCUUUUUUUUUCCGUAAUUGAACAGAUAAGGCAUUUGUUUCUUCUGCUGUUGAUACCGUACUUUCAAUUUACACAGUAUACAACGAGAACUUAAGUGAGAAGGUGAACAUGGAUUUUGAUGUUUCAAAUGAUUAUGGUUAAAUUAUGCUGUAAUUAAACACAAUAAGCCGAAAGUCUCGUCGUUUGUUAUUGUCAACCGUUAGAAACAAACCAAAGAUUCUACAUUCGAUGUUAAUAAACAAACUAUUAUGAAAAUCUGCAAGCCAAGUCUUAAGUUUGGUAACCAAGGGUGACAGACUGAAAACCUACGUUUAGUGUUAGUGAAUAAACGAACAUGUCGGCUAACAAGCCACGUACGAGUCUGAUAAGAAAGCAUAACAACCUGAAGAAUACCUACUGUGAAUCAUGAAACGUAGAUCGUAUAAGAUGGCGGAAUAUCCAUGCUGGACAUACUGAAGUGGAUACCUUGUAAGACGUGUCUAACUUAAAAAUUAUACACUUGUGAUUACGUCUAAUGAAAUUAUACAAAGAGUGACAAAAUGGGCUUUAUAUUUCAUAUUUAUCAAUAGGUAUAAAGAGAUAAUAGAUAUAAACCCUAAAAAUGAUAGACAUAAACCAUAAUGGAACGAAAUAUAGCAAGUUAAGACUCAUCUUAACUGGUCACAAGCAAACAAUGUUAUACUGAGUGGCGUAUUUCAUGUUCACAAUCAAGGGUGAUUAACCGAUUUUCCUAUAUGAAAGUCAUCCAUUCUGUUAAUAAUGGAGGAAGACAGGUCCAAAAUGGCGUCUUUACUGUUAACAACGGAGGAAGACAAACUAAGAACAGCAAACUAAAACCAUGUCUGAUAUUUGUUGAUAAGUUUUGAAACUGUACUAUUAUCAUCUUUGAACAAUUACAAUAUAUAAUAAAAACAUUUUUAUCUAUUGUAUAAUAUAUAAACCGAUAUAUAUAGCUUGAUGAUAGGGUUUUCCUUAAUUUCUUGUGAACGUCUUUAAUGUUGUAUGGGUUAUCAAGGCUCACGUGUAUCUUUUGUUGAUCAUGUGAAUUAUGUGAAAAACAAAGAUAAAAUAGAAUUUUUCAUUCUGUAAAUAUAUGCGCAUAUGGUGAUCUGUAAACGAUUGAUUAAAUUUCUCGAAUAUUCUUUACUGUACAUGUAAUCCUUUAAAACGGGUGAGAGUUUUAUGCAAAAUAAUACAUUUUGAGCCAAGUUUUGCACGUCAGUUUUUAGUGACUGUUUUCAGAUGACCAGACAGAGAUGAAACAUACGAAAAAGUACAGAACCAUUCUUAAAACGCAAGCUUGGACAUUAAAUCAAAACCGUUAAGUCGAAUUCCGUUAUGUUCGCUACAACACCUAGACAAUAAACUUGAGCUUUAUGUCUAUUAAAAGCUUCCUUUACACAGAUUUUUGAUGAUAAAACGAUAGAGUAGUUUCGUCAUCUCGUAAAAAGUAAAUUGUUGCUGUUAUAAAAAAUUGUAAAACGUGAGUUACGAUGAGAUCUAUCUUAUUUAUAAGAAGUGUUAAUUUACUAUUAACUAUCCUGUAAAUUAUGGAGUAUCAUAAAAUUGGAGCAACACUUUUCUACAUGUUAGUUGGGAUCGUAUUAAAACUUGGUUUAGGUUGACUUUGGUGCUUUGCAGCCCCUGAAACUUUAGUGAAUAAACUUAGUGUAUGUCUUAGAUAUCAAAAUAACAUCUGUGUUUAAACCUAUGCCUGUGUACCUUAAAAGGUCACAAACCACUCCAAACGUUGAUAAGUAAGAUUGAUACGUUUAUCAUGUGUCAGGUUUUUGUCCCUCUCAGAUGAAGUAUGUUUCUGAAAUGGACUUUUAAAUUAAAAUUCUUAAAAAUUGUAUGAAUGUUUUUAUGUAAGGCAUUACAAGAAUAAAUAUCAAUUUUAAAAUGUAAAAAUUUAACCCAUUUUUGCUGAAAUUAAUCUCUUACUAAGUGUCUUCGAAAAACAACAACAAGAGUAUAUAUAAAUAACAUUAAUGUUUUAAUUUAUAAAUUUAUAUUUUAUAGUCAAAGAUCGGCAAUAAUAAAUUACACCUCAGUUUGUUAUAUAGAAUUCCGAGUAAAUUUGUUAAAAUAGAGUUUAAAAAGUUAAAAAUAAAACUGAUAUAUUUUUGAGUCUUUUACAGAUUUCGCGAAGAGAUUGAAAAGAAGUUCGCGAUAUUACGAAAAUGCUAUUACAUUUUUAGGAAUCCCAAUUUAACGUUCGGUUUAGAGAGAUGUUCCAAUUAAAAGAAAUAAAACAAACAAUAUUCAUAGACUAUGAAAACUUAUUUAUACAUAAGAAUAGAGUGAAAGAGUAAGUAAAAAAGGCUUAAUUGGUUAAAUUCAAUGAACAGAGUGUGUAAUAGGGAUUAAUGCAUCAUUAUCAACGUAACAAGGGGAAAGUGCGCUCUGCAAAUUAGUAAUUGUUAAGAGAAUAGGACACUAUUCCCCGCGCUUUUUGAUACAUGUGUUUUCCAUCUUCCACUCUUCUGUUCUGUCGAACGUUCUUUAUUAUUGUGAUUCCAGGUUUAAUUUUUGGUCAAGGGGGUUUCACAUUGGUGUCCUGUAGAUCAGAAUUUCCUGCUGCGUUGCACUUUGAUAAAUAAGAGAAGACCCAUUUUGCCAUAUUGAGGCAUUUUAAUAUAUAUAUACGAAAAACAUGCGUAAAAGGUAUUAUUCAGUUCUCAGGUUCGUACAUGCGCCUAAGCUUCUUCUGCCAUUAUAAUAAAACCCACUUACGAUGAUAUAGCAUUACAAUUUUUAUAUUUAUUAGAACAAUAGGUUAUCAUGCUACUAAGCUACCCUACUUUCGGGAGAAUUCAGUUUAAUUAUUUGUUUAAUAUAUCUUAGCCUUGAAGAAAAUUUCAAAUACUAGCCCCAACAGUGGCACAGU